AUGGAGUCGACAGAGCCAGCUGAACUCCACAUCAUUAAGGAUCAUUAUGAGAAAGCCUUUGAAUGCCUCAACACAGGACUGGCCGAGGACGAAGCAGGUAACAAGGCGCAGGCUUUGAUACUAUACAGACUGGGCAGACGACAUAUUCUCCAGGGGUUGGAGGUUCCCACCCACGGCGAAUGGUGCGUCGGCGUGAGUUGGGACGCAGCCCGACAGAUGCAAAUGAAGAUGAAUGAGACACUGAGCAACAUCACCACCCGCCUGGCGAUCCUGGAGACGACUCCCGACCCGGCAACCGCGGGCGUCCCCACCCAACGACUCUACCCAACUGUGCCUCGCAUUCAAGACCCAGGACAAAUGACUCCCUCCGGAAUACACUUCUCGGAUAAUUGUCUCAUUGGGGCCUCUUCAGGUGGUGUACCGCCUUUUCCCGUUGCUCCUGUCAUGGCUAUGGAUGUACCCAGUGAGCUGCCACCGGCUUACACCCCACAGGCCAUAGACGGGCAUGUUUCCCUUUCCAGUGGGAAGGAGCAGGGACUUCAGGUACAGUCAACACCAGACCUGAGCGCUCCAAACCUGGGUUUCCUCCCAGAGAUUGUUGGAGUGGACGAGGAGGAAAUCUUCUUCCUGCCCCAUGGGGUGCAGGUGUUCUUUGUUGCUGCAGAUGGGCAGGUCAGCGCCCCCUCCUUUCCCGGAUACCUACGCAUCAUCUUGUUGUCCCCCCGUCAAACUGAAAGCACCAAUCAUCGCAUCCCCUCUGCGUACCUUCAGGUAUGUAAUUGGCUCUGCCCACUUUUCCCAGACUCACCUGUCUUGCUCAGUAACACAGGUGUGUUCACGUUUCCCAACACCAUGGCAGCAACACCGGGAUCGUACGUCGGAAUUGUGCUGUCUGCAGGAUUGCCCGAAUCCGACAGAAGUCUCUUUCAGGAAUACCUCUCCGCAUUAACAGAUCUCCGGGUACAGGCCGCAGAGUCAGAGAACAUCAACCUGUGUGAGAAGGUCCCUGUGGGUCCGCCGCAGGAGGAGGCAUCUACCACUCCCGCCACAGGGCAGCUGGACGAGGAGGGGAAAACGCUGCCCGUGUGGAGUGAGAAACUAUCCCAUGGGAUCCUGGCAGGGGCUUCGUGGCUGGGCCAAGGGCUUGCAAAGGGGGCAGAGGCCACAGGCAAAGCAAUCCACAGAGGAGCCUCCAAACUGCGAGACCACAUCACUCCUGAUGAAACACCAGCUGAGGUCAGCCCCAAAGUAGCCAAGAGUCUGCACGUCGCCAGACAGGCCACAGGGGGCGCUGUCAAAGUCAGCCAGUUUCUAGUCGACGGGGUCUCCAUGGUGGCUGGCUAUGUUGGGAGGGGCCUAGCGCCACACGUGAAGAAACACGGGAGCAAACUCGUCCCAGAGUCCUUAAAGAAGAACAAGGAUGGGCAGUCCAACCUGGAUGGAGUCAAAGAGGUGGCUGUUAGUAGUAUACAAGGUCUCUCCACUGUGUGGUCAAGUUUGGAAACAGCAGCAAAGAGCAUAUGCAAAAGUGUUGGUUCUGAGACGGUGACUACAGUCAAACACAAAUUUAGGGGUCUAGAAAACAUCUAG